AUGGCUGGCGACCAAGAUGUUGUGGUGAUUGAGGACGAUGCUUUCAUUACAAUAGAUGGCGAUGAGGAUCUUGACCAUGAUGGAGAUAUUGAGAUCAUAUGCUCCGGUAAGCACAUCAACGAGAUAGAUGAGCCCAUCACUUUUUAUUGGAAGCUAAACUUUCCAGCCACGGUAUCUUUCAAAUUUUGCCGUACUCGCAGGCUGCGCGAUGAUAGCAUCCAAUCGAGGCUGGCAAAUUUCGUGACCGAUGAAGCGAGGGUUAGCGUAUAUCACCUCAUACUUUCUAGGCAAUACAGAACCUGA